AUGUUGAGGUACUUGAUUCAACGAAGAUUCACUUCUACCUUUUACGAGCUAUUCCCUAAGACGUUCCCCCAAAAACUACCCAUUUGGACCAUAGAUCAAUCCAAAUUGAGGAAGGAAUACAGGCAGUUGCAAGCACAGCAUCAUCCGGACAUGGCCCAGCAAGGUAGUGAGCAAUCUUCAACGCUCAACCAAGCUUAUCAUACGCUCAAAGACCCACUCAGAAGGUCACAAUACAUGCUUAUGCUCUUGCGCAAUAUCGAUUUGACCCAAGAGCAAACUUCAAAUAACGUGACAACUAGUGAUCCGCAGCUCUUAUUGAAAGUGCUGGACAUUCAUGAUGAAUUUUCCCAGAUGGAUAACGAAGAUGAUGUGAAGAACCUGGCAAAGGAGAACAAACAAAGAAUUCAGGAUAUAGAAGCACAUUUGGAGCAGUGCUACAAUGACAAAGAUUAUGCCGCCGCGAUAAAAUUGACGGUGGAAUUGAAAUACUGGUAUAAUUUGGCUAAAGCAUUCAAGGACUGGGUUCCAGGUAAACCGUUAGAAUUGAAUCACUAG